AAUCUUAGCAAAGUGAUCGUUUAUCACCUCCUCUGUUCUUGCCUCUCUGCCUGUUCUCCCUUUGCCCACCACUGAGUUGUAUUUCUUCAUCCUGCCCCUAGAUAUGUCCCCUCCAUCCAUAUGCCCUAUUUAUAGCACAUUCUUCGCCUACCUGGCCACCUUGAAUUUUCCUUCAGCCCCAAAGCUGAGUUGAGUGUUCUUCACAUACAUCAUUUCAUGUGAAAACAAGAUGUCCUCACAACUUGAAAGUUGCAGGUCCUCUUAAUACCCCCAUUUAACAGACGAAGAUAUGCAGGCUGACAGAGGUUUAGUAAUUUGUCCAAGGUCAGAUGGCUCAAAAGUAGUGGAGUCAGGACUGCAACGCAGGCAAUCAGACACCUGAAGCUGAGCUGGGGCUGUGCACGUGUGACUGCCAUGUUAAUAAAGUCUCACUGAGAUGAAGCAGAAUAUGCAUCACAACCCAUUUCAUAAGAAAAUCAGUUUGACAUUUAAAUUCCUAUAAACAGUUUUUGGUCACCCUCAUGUUUUGGGCACAUUGCAGUAAUUUCAGCUUAAUGCCUCUUUGUGCAAGCCUUUGCAAAUAUGGGCUCCAAUAACAUCACUUUAUUUUGCUUGCUCACUCUCUGAAGGGAGUGCAGAUGACCAUUAGAGUAAAGUGGACUUUGUGUGUCGAAGGUGAUGAGUCCAAAUACCAGGAUUUCCCCAGUUUUUCCUUAGGAUUAAUGUUCAGAGGAAAGCCUUCUCUGGCCCCAAAUAAGUUUUUCCACAAAAAGUAAAAGUCAAAUAGGUUUUCUUUGUGGUGGUACUUCUUAGCCAUGAAUACUUUGUGAAUCGUCCAGAAGGGGAUUUAUGGAAGCUUUUUCUGAGCUUGAGUAUGGAACACUUAGGAGACCCUUUGUAUCCAGAGCCCUGGGCUUUGAGCACAGUAGAAUCUAAGAGGAUGGAGCCAAGUACCUGUAAGACCAGCGAAUCAGAGGAAAACUAUGGUGAAGAAGAGGAAUCCGAGGAGUGUGUUAAAGGGGAAGCUACCAUCCCUUCUAACCCUUCUCAGCAGGCACUCUCAAAGGCUGAUAAUGCAUUUAGGAAUGGAGUUCCUUUAUCCAUUGUAGCCAAGAAAAUACCAAAGAAAAUCAUAACCCCAGCUGACCCAGAUGAAUUAGAAGUUGGGAGAAGAAAGAGAAGGUGGAAACACAGACCCCUGGCCAUCAAUCUGACCAACUGCAAGUAUGAGAGUGUGCGUCGGGCAGCCCAAAUGUGUGGCCUGAAGGAGGUGGGGGAGGACAAAGAGUGGACUGUGUACUGGACAGACUGCUCUGUCUCACUGGAACGCAUCAUGGACAUGAAGAGGUUUCAGAAAGUCAACCACUUCCCUGGCAUGACAGAAAUCUGCCACAAAGAUCUGCUGGCUCAGAACCUCAGCCGCAUGCAGAAACUCUAUCCUACUGAGUGUAACAUCUUCCCGUGCAUCUGGUGCCUCCCUGCAGAGUUGAACACUGUAUUAUUACUUUUCCCUGGUGGGUUUGCAUGCUCUCAGCCCUUCCUCAUUGAUGGCUUCAAGUUUGACAUGCGAAUGUAUGUCCUGAUCACAUCCUGUGAGCCUCUUCGGAUCUCCAUGUAUGAGGAGGGCCUGGCCGGCUUUACCACCAUGCCCUACGUGGAACCCAGCCACAGCAACCUGGAUGACAUCUGCAUGCACCUGACCAACUAUGCCGUCAACAGACACAAUGAGAAUUUUGUCCGGGAUGAUGCUGUGGGCAGUAAGAGCUACCGAACCUGUUUUCCCCAGUAUCUGAGUGGAGGUACAUGUGCCUGUUUUGAGAUCCUUGGUUUUGACAUCUUGCUGGACCACAAGCGGAAGCCCUGGCUGCUGGAGGUAAACCACUCUCCAAGCUUCACCACCGACUCACAACUUGAUCGAGAAGUGAAGGAUGCACUUCUCUGUGAUACCAUGACCCUUGUCAACCUCCAGGGCUGUGACAAAAGAAAGGUGACAGAAGAGGAUAAGUGGCGAGUCAAGGAGCGGCUUUUCCAGUGCCACCAACAGCCAAGAGAAGCCAGGGGCCUUAGGUGUUUGACGUGUGUUUAGUUGUGUAGCUUACCUUAUUACUUUCCUGAGAGUAAAAGUCCUUCUCUAGAUGGAGAAGGCAGUCUGGGGUUGAUUAGCUAUUAAAAACAUUUUUUUUGCAUCGAUAAUACACCACAUAUCAUAGAUAAGUGAUGCAUUAUCUAUGCAAAUUCCAAAGACACAGUGAAUAGUCUCUCUCCUACCCUCCUCCUCCAGCUACUCAGUUUUCCUCCCUGGAGCCAAUCAAUGUUCCCUGGGUCAUGUGUAUACUUUCACAAACAUUUAAUGCACAUAUAUACAUGUAUUUAUAUAAAUUGUUUUCUCCCUUUACCCAGACAAUAGCAUAACUUUCACACUGUCUGUGUCCUACUUAACAAUGCAUUUUACAGCUAUUUAUGCAUUUUAUAGCUAUUUCCUAUUAGCAUGUAAGGAACUUUAUGGGGUUUGUUCUUUUUUUUUUUUUAUUUUCAACAAAGCUCCUCUAGAAACCAUUACCUAAGAAGGCUUAUAAUUAUGAAACAGAGAAAACAGUUUAGUCAUUCAAUAAUAGGUUAUUGUUUAAAUCAGUAUUGUUUACACACUGUUGUUUUAAUUGUAAGAUGGGUUACAAACAUGGUAAUGUGUUGCUGAUACUCAAUUAUAAUUUGUUAAUAAUAAAAAUGA